AUGUGGGGCACAUUCUUACUCGCCGGGACUUCCCCGCGAGGAGGAAGGCCCUCCUGCCCCCACAGACAGGUCCAAGAGCCUCCUCCCGAGGGAGGGCCAGCCCCGCCGCCUGGCUCAGCAGCUCAGCCCAGGGCCGGGCACUCACAGCCCACCACCCAGAGCUGCGGCGAGGACACCUGCCCCCCUGUGCGUGACAAAGCACCCCUCCUGCGGCUGCUGCGGGCCCAGCGGCGGCUCCCAGCGCGGGGAAGCGCCGUGCUGAAGCAGGGGAACAGGGAGGUGCGGAGAGGUCCCUCCCAUCACGCUGCAGUCUCACAGCUCACGGUGACUUCCUUGCCCCCCCCCCCGCGAAGCCGUGGCCGAGGACGGCUCCAGAGGCAGCCCCCGCACCACGCGAUACAACCGCACCGCGCACGACGGCGCACGUUACACAAACACGCCGUUCCCCGCGGCCGCGCACCCGCACCCCGGCCGCCCGGCGGAGACCGGCCGAGCGCGGCGCUCCCCGCUCCCCCGGCAGCGUGGCCGGGCCGGGAGGCUGCGGCGUCUCCCCCUCCGACCCCAGCGCCCCGCGGCUGCGGGGGAGGCGGCGCCGAGCGCACUGGAACCGGCGGGGCGUCCGGGGGGAGCUGCCGCCGCCAGCCCAGCGGCGACGCCCGCGGGCGCCCACACCGCCCCGACCCGCCGCCAGCGGCCCGGGAGGCCCAGCCCCACCCGCGCCCCGUCUGA